AUGACUGAGAAUACGAAUAAUUCAGAAGCAAUGGAAUUUGUAGGGCUCAAUAGUUAUCUUCAGAUGAAGACGCAUUUUCCAUCAGCUAGAGUGAAGAAGCUGCUACAGAGUGAUGAAGAUAUAGGGAAGGUUGCCCAGGCCACUCCGAUGGUGGUUGGACGUGCAGUGGAGAUGUUUAUGUGCGCCUUGGUGGAGAAAUCCAUUGAGGAAUCCGCAAAGUCUGGCACCAAGAAGGUGAACGUGCCCAUGUUGAAGAAAGUAAUUGAGCAAAACGAGGAAUUCGACUUUGUCCAUGAUGUCUGUGAAAAGUACAUGGGGAACGGAAAAGACAAGGACAAGGAAAGGGAGUGA